ACGAAGUCCAUGCCCAGAUCAACAUUGGAUAGGCUUUCAUCUUCUCGGCGAGUCGGGCGGUAUCCCAGAAAACCCUAGCAUUAUAUAAACCCUAGGAGAGUCCUGCUUGUAGUUUCAUUUCACAUUAUCCCCAAGGGGUCUGUGUUUAGCGGCAGGAAUCGCGAAGAUGCAGAUAUUCGUGAAAACCCUAACCGGGAAGACCAUUACUCUCGAGGUCGAGAGCAGUGAUACCAUUGACAAUGUCAAGGCUAAGAUCCAAGAUAAGGAAGGAAUUCCUCCGGAUCAGCAGCGUUUGAUCUUUGCCGGAAAGCAGCUUGAAGAUGGCCGAACCCUAGCCGACUACAACAUCCAGAAAGAGUCGACUCUUCAUCUGGUGUUGAGGCUCAGGGGGGGAAUCAUCGAGCCGUCUCUGAUGGCUUUGGCUCGAAAAUACAACCAGGAGAAGAUGAUUUGCCGAAAGUGUUAUGCUCGCCUGCAUCCAAGAGCAGUUAAUUGCCGCAAGAAGAAGUGUGGGCACAGCAAUCAGUUGAGGCCCAAGAAGAAGAUCAAGUAGACUCCGAGUCGUACGGAGAUCUUGCUGAUCUGGUGCUGUCGUGAUAGUUUGUCGCCUUUAUUUCCUCUGGUCUAGCUGUUUUGUUCAAGGAGCUUGAAUACAGAACUAUGAACAGUUUCUUUGUAAACAACAUUGUCCCCAGUUUCUUUGAGAGUGUUCUAUCAUCCAGUCUUCUGCCGUAAAAUCUACCAUUGAG